CUGUGGUGGUAGGUGUCGGUAGAGGGAUUUCCGAGUUGACGUGGCAUAAAUUUGGGAGGCGGCAGCUGCUGCCUGUGGCAUUCGACAAUAAACGGAAGCACCUCAAGAAUUCGCUAUGGAAAGUACUGAUGAAACACAAACUGAUGUUACCCAGAGACUCUACUAUGCAGAACAGUUGGUGUUGGAACUGAAAAAUGUCAUUAAAGAGAAGGAUGUUCAGCUUGAAGAGAAGGAUAAACUUCUAGAGGAAGUAAAAAGGUCUGCUGAAAACAAAAUAAAAAAAAUAAAACUCCAUGCUAAGGCCAAAGUAACUUCUUUGAAUAAACGUAUAGAAGAAAUGAAGACACAAGAAGAGACUGUUCUGCCAACAGCCCCUCAUUUGGAGGAUCAAAUCUAUAAGAAAGAAAAGAGUUACAGUGGUGACAAGGACGAAGAAGAAAAGAUAAAAUGUAAACUGAAAGAGAAGGAAGUGACAUCUACCAGUUCGGAAGCCCAGCCGUGUAGUGGUCAGGAGCCACCAACUGGAUCGUCUGAUUACAGUUCCAACCAGAUGGAACAAUUGGAACUGAUGAAACAAAAGGUGGAAGAGAAGGACCAACUCAUCAGGGACCUGCAGGCACAGCUGUGCUCUGCCGAGGCACAACACACGGCUCAGUUGAAUUCCAUGCAGCUAGUAGUUCAAGAAAAAGAUGCCCGAUUUGAAACACAGGUUCGUCUUCAUGAAGAUGAGCUUCGUCAGUUAGUAACGCAGAAAGCUUUUAAAAACGCCAUGCAUCAACAGAAAUUGAAGGUGCUACAGAGAAAACUUGAGGAACAGGAGGAGGCUUUGUCGGCCCGUGCCCAGGUGGUGGACUUGCUGCAGCAAGAGCUGCGAGUGGCUGAGCAGAGAAACCAGAGUAUGUCUCAGUAUAUACAGCAGAUGGAAGUUGAGUGUACGACUCUAAAGAACGUUGUGGAAACAGAAAGGAAAGAUGCUAAACUUCUAUAUGAGAAAAUGGAACUUGCAGAAGCAGAGAGAAAAUCAUCUUCCCAUAGGCUGCAGGAAGAAAUCUACUAUCUUCAGGAAGAGCUUGAGAAAGCACGUCAAGCCCAGGCUGCAAUACAGUCCAGGUACAAUGCUUUGGAGCAAAAACACACAGAAGACAUGGAAGAAAAUGUCUCUCACAUUUCCAACCUUCAGUAUACUGAGCAAGAACUGCGCUCUCUCUGUGAAGUGCUGAAAGAUGAAAAUUCAAAACUCCGUCAGGAAAAGAGUGAAAUGGGAGUUCAUUCAGCUCAAGCCAUUCAACAUUUGGAAGAUGAACACCAUCAAACAACCAAUCAAUGUAGUGACUAUCUGAAUAAGCCAGUCUUACCAAAACAAGAAACAGCAUCUCAGACUUCUCCAGAUGUUUAUAAGGAAAGCACCGAGGUUUUUACCAAUACGAGCGGGCACAAUAAGAUCAACAUUCCUUCUGAAGAAAGUGGAGAAAAUGUUCUGGAGAAUGCAUUAUGUCAAAAGCAUGAAGAACUAUCUGUUUUAUUGUUGGAAAUGAAGGAAACGCAAGAGGAGAUUGUGUACCUUAAAUCUCAACUUCAAGUAUCAAAAGCUGAUGGGGACCCUGAAAUCAAUCACCAAAAGGCAGUAAAAGAGAGAGAGGAUGAAGGAAUACACCCAGUCAAAACAGAAAUACUGCUUGAAAAUACAGCACAACAUCUCCCCCUUAUACUAAAGGAAGAAACCAGUGUUACGGCAUUUGAGAAUGAAGUGCAAAUGAACAUUACACAUAAACAUGGAAUAGCUGAGGAAGCAGCUUCAGAUGACCCUGCUGCAGAUGAAGCUGAUACCGUCCCACCUGAAGUACCAGUUAUUUGUCAGUGUCACAAAGAUGAGUUGGAAAAUCUAAAAUGUCAAGUAUUGGAGCUUGAAACAAACCAUAGUCAAGCAGCAGAAAUCUAUAAGAAAAGUUUAGAUGAGAAAGUGAAGGAAAUAUUCCAUUUAACUCAGCUGAUUGAAGAAUAUCAGAAAAAAGCUGAAAAUGCCAACAAUGAAUUCACUGUUUUGAAUAAAGAAAGAGACCAACUUCUUUCUCAGGUGAAGGAAUCUGGCAUAACAGAACUGAGGACCCGGGUACAACAGCUAGAAGUGGACCUAGCAGAGGCAGAUAAUCAAAAAAGACUUGACUAUGAAAAUCAUACUACACUGCACAACUUGCUAACUGAACAGAUCCAGAGUCUCAACAUUGAAACUAGAGGUAAAGAUAUGAAAAUUGAAGCUUUACAGAAUGAACUGGAUGAUAUGCAGCUUAAGCUUUCUCAGCAGUCUACUUUGAUAAAAAGCAUACAGAAAGAGAAAGAAAGUGAAUUACUUGAGCGUGUGGAACAUGAGCGAGGUCUCUCAAAUAAGGUGGGAGAACUUGUACAAAUUGUGUCUGUGCAAGACCUUCAAUUACAAGAGAAGAAGAGAGAGGUGGAAGUCCUCCAGAAAGCCAUUGAGGAAAAGGAUCAGGAAGUCACAGAAAAAACUGAGAAAAUGCUACAGCUCAAGGAAGAGAAGUUUUCUCUUGGAGUUGAAAUUGAGACUCUUAAAGAACAGUUGAGUUUAUUAUCCAGAGCUGAAGAAACAAAGAUGAAGCAGGUAGCAGAAGGAAAAGAAAUGGUUUCAGACUUAAAACCAAAGUUAGAUGAACCGAGCCCAUCUGAGCUAGUAAGUACAGAAGAACUUCAGCACGAAUUACAUCUUGUAAGAACAGAAAGUGCACAGAGGAAACGAAAACUCCAAGCAGCUCUUCUUAGUAGAAAGGAGCUACUACAGCGAGUUAGUAGAUUAGAAGAGGAGUUGGCUCAAGUGAAAGAUGCCUCUGGGAAUGAGGAUGAUAAGAGCAACAUGGAUGAAAAUAAAGAAAGCAAAGAAGAUCCAGAAAAAUGUAUGGCCUCCAAAUGCAAACAAGUAGAAACGAUUCUGAGACAGGCAAUCUCAGACAGAGAGGCAGAAUUAGAUCAUGUCAAGAGGGAUUUAGAAGAAAAGAUAGUAGCUGAAAUGCAGUUACAGGAUAUGUUCAAGCAGGUGAAUCAGAACUUAGAAGAAAAAGGAACCCAAAUAGAUCUGCUCCAAGCAGAAAUCCUUGAAAAACAAGCAGUUAUCCAGAAGCUAACCCUUGGUAUCAAAGGUGCUGGUGAUGGAGACUUUGUAGUACCUGUAAAAGAAACAGUGAUGAGCAGUCCACCAGGUAUGGAGAAUGAGGAGCAUGGGCAGACAGGACAGGAAGAAGAGAUAUCAGGCCUUGAAAAAGCCAAAGAGCAUCUUUCAAAGAUGCUUCAGGAAGUGUUAACCUCUCGCAAGGAUAUUUUCAAAACAGCACAGGAAAAAGAAAAACAACUUAGGGAAGAACUAAAGCAAUGCAAACAAGUACAAACUUCCCUCAGAGUGGCAAUCUCAGAAAAAGAGGAGGAAUUAGAGCAGGUAAGAAAGCAUUUAGAAGAAAGGGCAGUAGCAGAGAAACAGUUAGAGCCUGUGGUCAUUAGUGGCUCACAAGAAAAGACUGAUGUGCAAAGCAAGGAAAAUGAGAAGAUUGGAGACCAGCUCGAGGAACAGCAGGUCCAAGUGAGGGAGCCUGUACACAGAAAUCCUGUAGGCACUGACCAAAAGGAACCAGACUCUCCCAUUAGAGGUUCAGAACGUUUUGUCACAGCCAUGGAGCAGCAACCUGCACAGCUUGUUUCAGAAUCCGACUUAAGCCCCGCCUGGCCUCCAUGUCCUAGCGAUUCAAACGUUAUGCAGAUUCAGGCCCAACCGAAAGAAAUAGAAGCUAAGAAAGAGGUUAGUUCUACAACAAGUGAGCUCACUAAGAAAUCAGAAGAGUUAUUGCAAUUACAUGAGCAGAUCGCUAAACAGGGCUUCCAAAUCCAUGCAGCAUCUCAUGAAUCUACGGUCCAGGCAGAAAGCCUAAGACAGAUGUGUGAAGAUUACCAAAUAGAAAUGGCUGGAUUGGAACAUUUAAUAGACUUACAACCUGCUAUCGGGGCAGUGCGAAAUCUCAUAAGCAAAAAAGAAGAAGAAGCUAGAUACCUCUCUGAACAGCUUAUAGAGAGGGAAGCAGCCCUUGUGAAAGUACAAAUGCAGGUAAUGGAACAGGAUGAUUUAAUUAAGAGUCUACAUACAAAACUGGAGAUGCAAUCUAAAGAACAUGAUGAGAAGAUACAUAAGUUAGAAUUGGAAUAUUGUGAAGUAAAGCAAAAACUACAUGACAAUGAAGCAAGUAAAGCAGACCAAAAGACGAAAAGGAAAUUGCAGGCUGCACUUAUUUCUCGAAGGGAUCUACUGAAAGCAAACAACAGUGUCCAAGAGGAAUUGGCUUUGGCCAGAGAAAACAUUGAGCAGCUCAAAAAGGCGCUGGCUGAUGGAGAAGGACACAUUUCUGCUCAAAAUAAAGAAAAAGAGCUAAUCAUAAAGAAAUUAGCUCUUUUUCAGGAAGAAAGAGACAAACUUAUUACAGAAAUGGACAAAUCCUUGCUUGAAAAUCAAAGUCUCAAUCGCUCUUUUGAAAAUCUGAAGUUAGUUCUGGAGGGUCUGACUGAAGACAAGAAAAACCUACUGCAGGAAAUGGAAUCUUUGAAAUGUUCCAAGAUUGCAGAGAGCAAUGAAUGGCAAGCAAAACAUGCAGAAUUACAAAAAGAAUAUGAAGUUCUUCUUCAGUCUUAUGAGAAUGUCAGCAAUGAGGCAGAAAGGAUUCAGCAUGUGGUAGAAACUGUAAAGCAAGAAAAAAGAGAGUUAUAUGGUAAGCUGCGGCACACGGAAGCACAAAAGACAGAGAAAGAGAAACAGUUGCAGGAAGCUGAAAAGGAAAUAGGGGAAAUGAAAGAGAAGAUGAGAAAAUUUGCUAAAUCGAAACAGUUGAAAAUUCUGGAGUUGGAAGAAGAGAAUGAACAACUUCGAGCCGAGGUACACCCUGCAGGUGGUCCACCUAAUGACUGUAUGGAAGCACUUCGUUCUUCCAAUUCCAACAUGAAGGAGGACCUAGAAAGGGUCAAAACAGAGUAUGAAACCCUUUCCAAGGAAUUUGAAGCUUUAAUGACUGAGAAGGACAUUCUAAGUAAGGAAGUGCAAAACUUAAAGCAUCACAUGGAGGGUAAUGUAUCCAAACAAAUCAAGCUAGAACUCAUAGAAGAAAACGACUAUCAGAUGAGUAUCACUGAAGAGGUAAUACAGGCUGGCCCAGAUGAGGCUCAUGAGCAAGACUACCAGAGUAUGAACACGGGACCUGAUAAUUCUGAAUUGGUUCUACCAGAGAACAAUAUCAAGCCUGAGAAAUGUGAGAAUGAUGAAAUUAAUAAUUACCUCCAGCACAUUGAUCACCUCAAACAAAAAAUUACAGAAUUAGAGCAAGAGAGGGAAAAAGAGAAAGAAUUCAUUCUAAUUUUAGAAAAUGAGAGAACCGAAUUAUUGAACACAGUAACAGCAAAAGAUGAUGAGUUUAAAAUGCUUCAGGAGCAGCUAACCAAAAUAAACCUGUUAUAUCAACAAAUCCAAGAAGAACUUAUGAGAGUUACCAAGCUAAAGGAGACAGCAGAAGCAGAUAAAGAUGAUUUGGAAGAAAGGCUUAUGAAUCAAUUAGCAGAACUUAAUGGAAGCAUCGGGAAUUACCAUCAGGAUGUUACAGAUGCCCAAAUAAAAAAUGAUUUCCUAAAAUCUGAAGUGCAAAAUCUUAAAAAGUGUGUGUGUGAAUUACAAGAAGAAAAACAGCUAUUACUUAAGGAGAAGUCUCAGGAAGGGUUAGUCACCCAGAAGGACUAUUUAGAAACAAUACAAGGUGCUCAGAAAGAACCCAAUGAUAAAACUUACACCAAGGAACUUCACGAGCUGUUAAAAGAAAAGCAACAAGAACUGAAACAGAUGCAGAAGGACUGCAUCAGGUACCAAGAGAAAAUUAGUGCUCUGGAGAAAACCGUCAAAGCCUUAGAAUUUGUUCAGUCUGAAUCCCAGAAAGAUUUAGAAAUAAGCAAAGGAAAGCUUGCUCAGGCUGAUGAACACCGCAAGCAGGCAGAAAUAGAAUUAGCUAGCUUUAAAAUACUGUUAGAUGACACUCAAAGCGAAGCAGCAAGGGUCCUAGCAGACAAUCUCAAACUGAAAAAGGAACUUCAGGCAAAUAAAGAAUUAGUGAAAAGCCAAAUGAAACAAAAGGAUGAAGAUCUGGAGCGAAGGCUGGAGCAGGCAGAAGAGAGACACCUGAAAGAGAAGAAGAAUACCCAAGAGAGGCUGGAUGCUCUAUAUAGAGAAAAAGUGCACUGGGAGGAAACUUUUGGAGAAAUGCAGAAUUCUUUGAAUGGGAAAGACAAGGUGGUUAAACUACUUCAGGAAAAUCUGGAUAGUACCACCGCCCAACUUACAGCAUGUACUGAGAGCAUGUCUUCCCUUCAAUAUGAUCGUGAGAGGUUGAUAGAUGAAGCAAAAAUCUGGGAGAGGAAGUUCAGUGAUGUCAUGCAAAGCAAAGAAGAAGAAAUGAGGAUAAAUGAAGAGAAUGUCAGUGUUCUGAAGGAUCAGCUUAGUCAGAUGUCCAUACAUACAGAGGAGUUGAAGAUUAACAUUUCUAGACUUGAACAUGAAAAACAGAUCUGGGAAUCCAAGGCUCAAACAGAAAUCCAAAAACAGCAGCGAGUCUGUGAUUCUUUACAGGCGGAAAACAAAGAACUUUUGUCUCGAUUGGAAGAGACUCGACACCAAUAUUCCAUUUCUCAGGCUGAAUUAGCUAAGAUGGAAUCAGAGCUUAAUAUUCUUAGUGACCAGCUGAAAGAACAAAAUAAUCUACAGCAGGAGUACUUAGAGAUAAACCAAGAGAUCACUGAAUCACAUCCACUGACGGCUCAAUUUCAGGAGUAUCAAGAUAAUACAAAAAAAUUUCAUAUUAUGCAAGAAAAGGUCGGGGAAGAAAACCUCUCCUGGCAACAGGAGCUGCAUCAGCUCAGAGUGGAGAAGAAGAACUGGGAAAUCCAUGAGAGGAGGAUGAAAGAUCAGUACCUUAUGGCUCUUUCAGACAAAGAUCAGCAGCUCAUUCGCUUGCAGAAUCUUAUGAGGGAAUGGAGACCUUCUUCUCAGACUGAGAUAGUCAGAAACCAAUACCAAAGACAGGCAUCCUUAGAGACAACACCCCCUGAUUUGUCGCAAAACCUAGUUUACGAGACGGAAGUUCUCAGGAGCCAGCUCAAUGAUAGCUUAAAGGAAAUUCACCAAAAAGAAUUAAGAAUUCAGCAGCUAAACAGCAAGUUUUCUCAGCUACUGGAGGAGAAAAAUACCCUUUCCAUUCAGCUUGCUGAUACCAGUCAGAGUCUUCGUGAAAACCAACAGCAGUACAGUAACCUUUUUAAUCACUGUGCAGUUUUGGAGAUGCGGAUUCAAGAACUGCAAAUGGAGUCAUCCAGUACAGAUGUUGUUACAAGCGUUCCCCUGAGUGAGAGUGAUAGUCACGGGAAGAAUAAUCCUGGAGAACAGAAGGAAAUACCUGUCAGCAUUCCUGAAGCCCACUAUCAAUUUACCAACACUCAACAAAAGAUAAAUGAAUUGAGGAAGCUGCUGGAAGAAGAACGAGACCAAAGAGUGGCAGCCGAGUCUGCGCUGUCCUUGGCUGAGGAACAGAUCCGGCGGUUGGAGCACAAUGAAUGGAACUCUGCCCAGACUCCUCUCAUUUCCUCUCAUGACUCUCAGGAGCAGUCACUAUUCAUAAAUAUGCCAGAGAGCACUUAUCGAAGGUUCCGGAAUCGACCUGGAUGGAAACGGAUCCUGCGUUCGCUUUGUAAUUCCCGGGCCCGAGGGCCAAUUCUGGCAACCAUAUACUUUGUGUUGAUUCAUAUACUACUUGUCCUGUGCUUCACAGGACACCUAUAAAUUUAG